AUACCUCUCUGUAUUCAGGGAUUCCACAGUGAACAGCUGGGUUCCUCCAUGGUCUCCAUGUUCCUGAGUCUUUAGGUUUCUCCUGGUAGUCAAAAACAUUGAGGGUAUGCCCGAUGGAUUGAGAGGAUCUGUCACCCAUGUUGCGCUUAGCUACAUUUCACUGAAGCAAAGAGCGAGUGGAGUUACAGGUUGCACUCUGACUUUUUUUCAGCAACAAUAGUGGCGGUCCAAAGAUGUAGAACAAACACAAAAUCACUGGGGUGAAGGUUUCAUCCAUCACCUCUCUGGUUCAGCUUCAAGCCCUAGUUUGACAAUAUGGAGACGAAAGAAAGAAAUGGGAAAGGAGGGUUUGAAACUUGUGAAGGAGCUGAAGUGAUUACAGUCCCUACACUAUCCGGCUCGAUCGAUUUAUGCACUCACAUGUCUCUCAUCUCCUCAAAACCGAUCUCUUUGCCGUCCUUGCUGAGUUGCAGCGCCAAGAUCAGGUUUUUCUUGCUAUGAAGAUAUACGAAGUGGUGCGGAAAGAAAUAUGGUAUCGUCCUGACAUGUUCCUUUACAGGGACAUGCUUAUGAUGCUUGCAAGGAAUAAAAAGGUAGAUGAGGCAAAGAGAGUUUGGGAGGAUUUGAGGAGGGAGGAAGUUCUGUUUGAUCAUCACACUUAUGGUGACAUAAUUAGGUCUUUCUUGGAUGGUGGAUUGCCUUUGGAAGCAAUGGAAUUAUAUGAUGAGAUGAGACGAUCUCCUGACCCUCCCAUUUCAUUGCCUUAUCGGGUCAUACUAAAAGGGCUUAUACCAUACCCUGAACUGAGAGAGAAGGUAAAAGAGGACUUCCUGGAAUUGUUCCCAAGUAUGAUUGUGUAUGAUCCACCUGAAGACCUGUUCGAUGACCAACAACCGAUUAAGGAGAGUGAAGAUGAUUAAACAGGGAGCCUGUAUGUAUUGAA